AUGUCAAGUCAACUCUUCUCCAGAGAACGCCGCUCCUGGACUGCAAAGGAGGACCAGCUCCUCCGCGACGCCGUUGCUAGAGAGGACCCAAACAACUCUAACCCCUCCAAGUGGCAUGCAAUCGCGAAGCACGUACCCAAUCGCACGAACAAGGACUGCCGCAAGAGAUGGUUCGCGAAGAUGGCUUCCGACGUUGUCAAGGGUGGCUGGUCCCCAGACGAGGAUGAGAAGUUGGUCAAGGGCAUCGAGCGGUAUGGUACCAGAUGGUCCCUCGUCGCUUCUGUUGUGCAGUCGAGGAACAGCGAUCAGUGCGCCAAACGCUGGACUGAUACACUGAACCCUGCCAUUGAUCGUACCACGUGGUCGUCUGAAGCAGAUGAGCUUCUACUUCGCGCAGUUGCCGAGCAUGGGAAAGUCUGGACAAAAAUUGUCAAGACCUAUUUCCCAGGCCGAACAGGCUUGUCUGCGAAGAACAGGUAUAACAGCAUCACACGCUUCAAUUCUGAUCUCUCACGUAAUGCGCGCCCAAGGCGCAAGUCGUCCGAGGGGUUGCACUACCAUCUCAGCCGAAAGACCGAGAGUGUCUCUUCGUCCUCAUCAAGCGCAUCACCUGCAUCACCGUCAAUGUCACUCCCUUUUCUCUCGACAUCGGCCUUCCAGUCGCCCGUCGACGUAAAGCCCCAUCUCUAUCACAUCGACUCUUUCUCGAACUGGUCUUCUUCUUCAUCAAUUACGACAGACGACAUGUCGUCCUUUCGGUCAUCCCCAAUGGCUUUUGAAUACUCGCCCGACUCCACCUCUCCAUCCACCCCAUCUCCCGACGGGACAUAUCAGCCGUUCGACCUUAACAUAAACCACUCCCUCCCGCAUUUCUCAGAGUCGUCGCCCGUCAACUUCUCCGGCCCGCAUUCUCCAGCCUCCAACACCCAAUUGUACAAUAACAAGCACUUCAGGAAUCACUCGCACUCACACAUGUCCGACACGGCUUCGCAAACUUAUCCGCCAUACUCGCAGUUUCCCCUGGUCCACGGGUCUAACGACCAUGCCGAUCAGUUUGCUAUUUUCGAAGGUCAUCCUUCGCCAUUGGAUGCCGGGCCGGUCAUCGGCGUGAACUGGGACGUGGCGAUAGCGUCAGCAGCGGACUCAAAGGCAGUGAACAGCGGUUACAAAUUGCCUUCGCCCAAUAGCGCCUUUCCUUACGUUUUCUGA